GUAGAAUUGCAACCAAAAUAAAGAGUGCAUCUGGAGCAAGUGGGAAAGUUUUAUGGAAAAGCAAUCCUACCAGAACUUGUCCGAAUUGUCAACAUGUUAUUGAUAACAGUGAUGAGCAACCAAUUUCAUAGGAAGUGUUGUAUUGUGGAUUCUAAUAUUUCUCUACGAAGCUAGAGACAUGAAAAUCUUUGAAAGGGCUACAGUGACUGUUCAAAUAUUUUUUCGUUACAUCACACAUUCUGAACAAUGCGUAUUGAUGGUUUCAAAUGCUUGUCACUUUGGUGGCACAAGAGUGGCCUGGAUUACCAAAAGGUGUGAAAUUUGAUCCAUCUGAUCAAGAAAUAAUAUCGCACUUGCUUGCAAAAGUUGGUGCAGCAGGUUCAGAGCCUCACCCUUUCAUUGAUGAAUUUAUUGCUACUCUUGAAGUGGAUGAUGGAAUUUGUUAUACACAUCCUAAACAUUUACCAGGUGUCAAGCAAGAUGGUAGUGCUACACACUUUUUCCACAGAUCAAUCAAGGCUUAUAAUACCGGCAAUCGAAAGCGUCGGAAAAUAAAUGACCAGGACUCUGGCGAUGUCCGUUGGCACAAGACUGGAAAAACUAAACCUGUCGUCUCGGACGGGGUUCAGAGAGGCUGUAAAAAGAUUAUGGUUCUAUAUAUGACUUCAGUUAGAGGAGUAAAAGCUGAGAAAACUAACUGGGUUAUGCAUCAAUAUCACCUCGGGACAGACGAAGAUGAAAAGGAAGGAGAGUAUGUUAUCUCUAAAGUGUUUUACCAGCAACAAGUUAAGUUUGGUGAAAAAGAUGAUCAUGAUGUUCCUGGAACCAAUGAAGCAACUGUUGUGAAAGAUGAUCCAGUCACUUCCAAAUCUCUGACUUCGGAACCUCCUCAUAGUGAAAAGCAAUGUUCAGAUCUCGACAUAGGAGAAAAAACACAUCAGAUUCUUCAGGGUCCUCAGACAGAUUGUGUAGAAGACAUUCAAGUCGAGUGUGAAGAGAUUGUAAAAACUGAUGUAUCCAUGGCAGAUGCUCAAAAUAAUGAAGGAAUGGAUAAUGUAGAAAAUAAUGCUGACGGAGAACAAAAAUGGUGGGACAGUGAGUCACAGAAUUUGUUAGAUUCACAACAACUUGUUGAAGCAUUGGCCUUGUGUGAUGAUCUCCUCCAUAGCCAGUGUUCCAAUAAGGAUGAUGAAAAUGAAGAACACAAGGAGCACUUGAGUCUUUCCAUCUAUGCUCAUCUAGGACCAGAGCAUCUGAAGAAAGAUCUUGAAGAGUGCCAAAACCUUACUCUUGAUCCUGCAAACGUAGAGCUCGAGACACCACCUUCAGAGUUUCGACUAAGUCAGCUGGAAUUCGGUUCACAGGAUAGCUUUGUUUCCUUUAGCGGCGGCAAGGCAGUCGAUUAAUCCGGCCCUUCUUCGGCUAAUAUGGGAAACAAACACAUUUCUAACUACUUUUGUUGUAACAUUUGAUCAACAGUGGUGUAAUUAAUACUGUCUUUUGGUGUGGUGAAAGCCGUGGUAUGUUCCUUACAAGUUCUCUAGAAAGUUGCAUGUGGACCUGACUUGUCCAAAAAUCACUACAUGUUUUUAUUUCACUCUGAAAGUAACAUAUGAAGAUGAACAUGUACAUUUAUAAUUUUACAUCCCUAUCUUGAAA